UUCCCCGCGCGGGCGACGAGCGGGGAUCCGGUGACUCACCUCCGCCGCGCAAACUCUCCCCCGUCUUCCCUCACACACGCUCACGCCCGGCUCGAUAUGGCGGCGGCGGCGGCGGCGGCGGCGGCGGCGGCUGGGGACUCCGACUCCUGGGACGCGGACACGUUCUCAGUGGAAGACCCGGUGCGGAAGGUGGGGGGCGGCGGCACGGCCGGCGGGGACCGCUGGGAGGGCGAGGACGAGGACGAGGACGUCAAGGAUAACUGGGAUGAUGAUGAUGAUGAAAAAAAAGAAGAAGCAGAAGUAAAACCAGAAGUAAAAAUUUCAGAAAAGAAAAAAAUAGCAGAGAAAAUAAAAGAGAAAGAACGGCAGCAGAAGAAAAGGCAAGAAGAAAUUAAAAAGAGAUUAGAAGAACCUGAAGAACCUAAAAUGCUAACACCAGAAGAACAAUUAGCAGAUAAACUGCGGCUUAAGAAAUUACAGGAAGAGUCUGACCUCGAAUUAGCAAAAGAAACUUUUGGUGUUAAUAAUACAGUUUAUGGAAUAGAUGCUAUGAACCCAUCCUCGAGAGAUGACUUCACAGAGUUCGGAAAGUUACUAAAAGAUAAAAUUACACAAUAUGAAAAGUCACUAUAUUAUGCCAAUUUUUUGGAAGCCUUAGUUCGAGAUGUUUGUAUUUCAUUGGAAAUUGAUGACUUGAAAAAGAUUACCAAUUCAUUGACUGUACUCUGCAGUGAGAAACAGAAGCAAGAAAAGCAAAGCAAAGCCAAAAAGAAGAAGAAAGGUGUGGUUCCUGGAGGGGGAUUAAAGGCCACCAUGAAAGAUGAUCUGGCAGAUUAUGGUGGUUAUGAUGGCGGAUACGUACAAGACUAUGAAGAUUUCAUGUGACGUUUUAUCUUCUCCUGGUGUCUUCUUUCUGUUGCCCACAGUCCCUUCAACAUGUAGCACAACUUCCUUUCCUUUCAGUUCUGCCAAAUGCUACAAUCAGAAGUGCAGUAUCUUUUGUGCUGGUUAUUUAAUCCCUUGACACUUAGGUGCUAAUGUGCAAAUGAGGGAACUUGGAUCUUGUUGCCAAGGGGUUAAAAUUGGGAACCUCUGUUGCUACUAAAUCAUAGUUUUAAAAAACAAACCUAAUGAUGUUGUCAUUGUUGCUAUCUGAUUCCAUAGCAGCAGUCACUGAAUUGGAAACAAAGGUUGCAACAUGACAAAAAAAUUGUGUAGUAUUUACCAGCACCAUUCAGUAAGACAGCCUUAACCAUACCGCCUUGAACUACUUCAUAACUUGUCAAGAAAAGCGGUCUGCUGCAAGGGCAUGUGGUGUGCACCUAGUAUUAAAAUUGCUUUGUCUUAAAAUUGAGCGUGAGGAUAUUAAAAAUACAUUGUGAAGAAGACUGAUAAUCUCAGAGUGAAGAUACAGCGGCUGCAAAGCACUAGUUUGAUAAUUAAAUGACCAAAACCCUCCAACUUUGAAGCUGAAGAAGGUAAACCUCUCCAUUAUUGCAUUACACGUUGUGGAAUCUCUUGACUGCAUAGACUGUCUAGUUUCUAUUUAUCAGACUGUUGUACUGACGGAGUGCUUCAGAUUGGGGAGGGAAAGUCCUCACCUGUUUCAUUUGUAAUUGUCUGAGAAACAGAUCUUACUUUGUUCUCCAGGGCUGCAGUGGAACAACUUUAACAGGGUUUUGGCAUUUCCUUUCCUUUAUAAAACAUACUCAGCAAACUGCACCAGUUAACUACAGUUUGGUAAAUUGUUAUGUUAACAAUGAUGACAUCUGCAGUGUUUUAUAAAGCAACUAAUUUAAUAAAGUCACUAUUGUGAGGACUUAAA